ACUUAAAGAUCCUAAUGCAGCUAAAGUACGCAAAGAAGCUAAUGCACCUAAAGCACCUAGACUACCUGUAAUACCCCCAAGUCCUUAUGUCCCUGCUCCUCCACCUACAAGACCAGGUCAAAGAUAUUUUAAGUUUCGAAAUUGGUUUAACUCUAAGUGUUACUGGAAGGGGAACCACGAUUUGAAGAAAUUAAUUGCAACUUUCUUGACUCUUACACAACGGGAUAAGCUUCAUAAUGGUACAUUUCGAUACAUUAUGGCUAUGGAGAAUUUCAAAUGCAGCAUGAAGUUGGUUCAUUGUUUGUGUCUUUCUCGAAUAUUCACGAAUGAUCGAGACUCGAUUAGUUCCAAGAAUUUUUGGCCAUGAUGUUUCCUUCACCCUUGAAGACUUUCACAUUAUGUGUGGUUUGCGGAUCACAGCACAUAAUGUUGAAAAACCAAUUAAUCGAGAGAGCAAUAUUCUGAAGCGCAAAGUCCAAGGGUGUAACUUUGAAGGAUAUUCGAGAUUUUAUGACUCAGAAUAAAAUUCCAAAGAAUGUUGUGAAUCACAUACACGUAUGCGAGAGCGAUGAUGAUGCUGUGAAGCUUAUGGAAAUUCUUGUCGUAGAGUCUAUUUUGUUUGGGAAAAAGACCGAGUCAUCUGUGAUGGAGGAGUAUGCAUCUAUUAUUGAAGAUGAUAAGGUUUGUGUUGAAUAUCCUUGGGGUAAUGUGGCUUAUGAGAAGCCCAUUUACUCACUAAAACAUGCAUUGGACAAGCAGAACAAAUUCCAUGCAACUGAGUAUAAACUUGGUGGAUUUCCUUAUCCGUUAUGUGCUUGGUUCUAUGAGCGCUUCCUAGAUAUUCGGGAGAAGUAUAAGAGAGGAUGAGUACCUUGAUACCCCUCAGGUUUUGUCUUUGUGUUAAUAUGUUGACGUAUUAAUUUUCUUCUUCUCAUAAUAUACUUUUUUGUACUAAACAGAAAUAUCGCAGCUUUAGGGUAUUGGAUAUAAUUCCUACAGAAGAGGAAUUGAAUUCAAUGCCUUUAAUUUACCAAUUACCAUGCAGCCGGAUUCGUUCAAAGGUACUUAACGCGGGUCCUUCAACUGGUGAAUCACCACGUACUCUGAGUCGAUCAAAAGAAUCGAAUCGAACUCCCGUUAUUGGUAAAUCACCACGUAGUCGGAGUCGAUCAAAAAAAGCGAAUCGAACUCCUUUUAUUGGCGAAUCAUCUCGUACCCAAAGUCGUUCUAACCAUUCUACAAGUGACUUUGAUGACAAUGAAUUACUCGACAUAAUAUGUUCUAGAUUAACGAUGGAGGUUCAAAGGCAUGCAGAAAAAGAAAGAAGCACAAUCGUGAAAGAAGUUUUUGAUAAGUUUAAAAAGGAGGAGCGAUCUGCUUUUGUGGAUGCGGUUUUUGUAAAAGUGAAGGAAUAUUUCGAUGAGAAGUUUGAACAGUUGUUUAAGAUUGUAAACAAAUCAAAUGGAAUGGACGAUGGCAAUUUUGAUUUGAGUAACCAUCGAGAAUAUGAUAGGGGGAACGACUAUUACUAACAUCCAUCGGAUAUUAAUGUUGUUGAUGAUGCAUUAGAUAAAGUCCCAGAUGUAAAUGCUACACGUGAGGAAACGGUGUGAUGACCCAAAGGGCCAUCACCUGUUUUCUUACCCAUUAUGU